AUGGAAGGAUCAGCUGUUACAAUACUUGUAUUAGCUGCAGCUUUUUUCUUUUUGGGUGUAGAGAUGCAAUGCUACAACUCUUGUGAGGUUGCUUGCGUACUGUUAACUGUGCUUGCUGUGGCAUGUGAAGCGAAAAAACCAGCUUCUAGUCCAACGAUAUACAUGUUUGAUUUCAGCAAAACGUCUGUCUUUAUUGUUAAUAGCUUGGAUUUUGACUUCGGUGGUUCUCUCGGAGACGCAGUUGCCCAAAAUAAACCAAUGCAAGAAAACCAAAAUUCCCAUUCCUUCUACACCGAUUCUCAGCCUUUUGACUCUCAGAUUUUUCUCUCUUCCUCGCCUGGUGAUAAAGGUGGCAAUGCUAAUGAGGUACCAUUGGCACAAAAUACUGUAUCUUUUGAUGACCCCGUUCCUGUUGAAGAUGCAUUUGAGACCCAAGUAGUUGAUGAAACACAAGUACUGGACGAUCCUCUUUGCCUUCAACACAUGGACACUCAAUUAAUAGAUGAUUUUAAUUGUGAUGGUGAAGGAACGGAUAAGACUGAAGUUUUGGAUGAUAGUGAUGGGUUCUCUGAUGAUGACUCUCAAAGAAGAGGCAGAUGUGAAUCCCUUUAUGGGGAGAGGAGUUGGCAAACUUCCCUUGAACACAGUAAGAACAUAUUGGUGGAGCAACCUGAUGAAAACUGUAGUUCCAGACUCAAUGCUACUCCUGAAACGCCAACUGUUCAAAUCAGCCAAGAGCCAAAACCUGGUUCUACUACGAGAUUUACUUCAGUCCGUGCAGCAUCUUUACGGGCAUCUGGUCUAGCAGCUCGCAGAAUUGUUUUGAAAGGAACCAACAAGGAGUCUAGUUUUCUCCAGAAUAAUAAUCAGCUUUCAGAAGAACAUGCUAUGAAAAAUAAUGGGUCAAACACAGAAGUGUGGAAGGAAGUUGAUCAGGUGUGUGGUGCAGGAAGAUACAAUGAAGUGAAGGAAUUGAUGAAUGUGCAUGAUUGUAAGAUUGGCCGUUCUACUGUGAGAAAACUCUUUGAUGACAAUUACUUUGUUGAAAAUGAAGAACUUGCUUCCAGAAAUGAUAAUACUGCAGGUGGAAAAGAAAUCCAUCAAUUUCCCACGUGUUAUGAUGGGCUGGUUGGGUUAAGCUAUAUUGACUCCCAAGAACCUGGAGAAUUAUCACAAGCCGAUGCAUUUGCCUGUGUGCAAAGGUUGAUUGAAGAGAAUAAGGCAUUGUGUGAUAAUGAAUUUGAACUGGGGAUUAGUAGCAAGGGAAAAUUAAAUUUUGUUUCAGCCACAAAAGGGCCACAGAGUUUGGCCAAGAAAAUCAACUGUGGAGGCACUAACUGGAAAACAGGAAUUUUUGACUGGGAUGAUGAACAAGAAGAUGAGGGAGGGGGAGAUCUUUUCUGUAGAAGAAAGGAAGAAUUUUUUGGUAGUGCAAAACUUGGGCAAGGAUCUUUUAUGAAACCCCAGAAGGUCAAAGGGAAACAACUGGACGGAUACACAAAGACUAUAGGCAAAUCAGAUAUCCAGAAUGAAAUAGUUGUUCAGUCUGAUUCUCAAGUUGUGUUGCAUAAUGCAGAGCUGAAUAACAAGAAAGCACCAGAAGCUGAAAUGGGUUUUAGAAAGAAUCUUGUUAGUGCGUUUGAUGAUGAGUCUAAUAUAGCAACUACAUCAGGGCAAUUGCAAUCUGGUCUUGCCAGGAAUCAGAUGCUGCAAGUGCUUGAUGUAGGUUUGGACACUCAAAUGGCUGCUGAAACCAUAGAAGCCUCGUUGUAUGGGGAUGGAAUUACUAAUAUUGGUGCUAAUAAUGUGUCAGGAAAUCCAGUUUCUCAAAAAGGAUCUCCAGGAAGAAAAGUUAAGAGGAUGAUGCACGAUAUUGGAGUUUCCACAAGACAAUCUAAGAAAUCAAAGAGGAUUGGUGCUAAAUCAAAUGAACAACCUUCAAGAAAAGUUAAGAAGAGGAUGCCACAAGCUGUUGGGGUUGCAACAAGACAAUCUAAGAAAUCAAAGAGAAGUACUUCAAUUUCAUCUAAGAAUCAUUCUGAGAUUGUCAGAAACAAGUCUGAUAUGGAGCUAGUAAAUACAAGGAGGAGGACUAAAUCCAAUUUUGAAGUCUCAAUGACCAAUGGGAUAAGAGGGGCAGACAAAAUGCUAACUAAAAUGGCAGGAGGGCCUAUUGAAAGAAGCCUACAUGAUGCACUUGAUGCACACCAUGAGGCUGCUUUAACUGGUAGUGGCUCAGUUAAGAAAUGGAACUUACCAGAGGAAUUUUCUACUUUGACACCCAUUGCUUGUCGAACUAGGCGAUCUCUGGUGGCCUAUCAAUUGAAACGUACUGAGAAUGUGUCUAGGGGUUGUGGAGAAGAAAAGAACUGUCCAAUUGAGAUCAGUGCCCUCAGACAAAAUGAAGCUGGUGCUGGAGUUGAGGCUGCUAAGGUGUUGUAUGCUAAUGGGAAAUCUUCAGAGUUGAUUUCCGAACAAUCUGGGGAACCUGAAAAUUUCAAAUCAAGAUCUACAAGUAUGAAUUAUGGCAUUAGUUGCCCAAAACGAAGAUCCUCUCGACAAAAAUCAAAUAAGCUUAAUGAACAAGUCAACUUAGAUGCUCAAUCCAAGGCAUGUACCAGUCUUGCUAAUUUAAACACAAAGAGGAAAACACUAUCCUCCAAAUCUAUCUGCUUAGAAUCCUCUUCCUUGUACGAAAAUUUCAAAGGGGAAUCAUCACAAAGAAGCAUAGAUAAAUCAAGUUCAGGUGAUGCUGCUCUUAGUUCCAUUGAGAAUGGGAAGAAGAGUUCUGCAGAUCAAAUGGGAGCAAAGAACAAAUUACCUGACAGAAAGGAUAAUGCACUUCUAUCGCCAUCUAUGGAACAUGAAGUAAAAGAAAUUUUGGAUCAUUUACAUAAUGAGGAAACUAAACCAUCAAAUUCAAUGUGUAAUUCCCCAGUUAACAGUACGAACCCUCCAGUGAAUUCUGCAUCACCUAUCUGCAUCGGUAAUGAAUAUGUUAAGCAAUCAGGCACGAAGAGGCUGUCAAGAUCAUGCCUCAUGAGAGAAGUUAGUAGCUUAUGUGCCACAGAGCGAGAGCCUAUUUCUAAACUAAAAGAUUCCAGGAAGAGAAAAGAACUGGGUGAUGUCAGAGUCUUGUUCAGCCACCACUUGGAUGAGAACAUGAUUAAGCGGCAGCAAAAGAUUGUGGACCGGCUUAAAGUUUCUGUUGUGUCCUCCAUUACAGAUGCAACACACUUUAUUACUGAUAAGUUUGUGCGUACAAGGAAUAUGUUACAAGCCAUUGCUUCUGGCAAACCGGUGGUGACACAUUUAUGGCUUGAGAAUGUUGGACGGGCUAACUACUAUAUUGAUGAGCAAAAAUACAUACUCAGGGACAUGAAAAAGGAGAAGGAGAUUGGAUUUAACAUGCCAGUUUCAUUGGCACAUGCACGUCAGCAUCCACUUCUGCAGGGUCGAAGAGUUCUAGUCACACCUAGCAUAAAGCCGGCUAAAGAAAUAAUUUUAGACUUGAUUAAAGUAGUUUGUGGUCAGGCAGUGGAGAGAAUUGGCAGGUCUACUCUUAAGAAUGAUAUGGUCCCAGAGGAUCUGUUGGUUUUAUCUUGUGAGGAGGAUUACGAAGUUUGUGUGCCUUUCCUUGAAAAAGGAGCAGCAAUUUACAGUUCAGAGCUGCUACUGAAGGGGAUUGUUACUCAGAAGCUGGAAUAUGAAAGGCAUCGGCUCUUUGCAGAUCAUGUGAAGAGAACUCGUUCUACAAUAUGGCUGAAAAAAGGUGGUGGUGAUUUCGUUCCCGUCGCAAAGCAUAAAUAGCUGCUGUUAGCCUGUUGCUGCUCUCUUCUUUUUUGGUUUUUCCUUCAUGGGGGCAGAGGGUGUUUCCUUUUCUUUAUUUCUUUUUUCUUUUUUUCUCCUUUUAUCUCCUCUCAUGCAGAGAGAGAUCAUGUAUACAUGUAGAAUGGGUCGUUUUCUUGUAUAUUUGUGUAACAUAAAAUGGAGAAUUUCGUUAGUCACACUCUUCA